AUGUCGCAAACUACCGAGCCGCUACUGCAGCGCCCGCUAUAUGUGUUUGACCUCCCUCAGGAACUUCUCUCCACGCUCGAGCUCAAGCCCCAAAACAAUGCUGCCAUUGCCGUACCCGAAGAGACAGAACUGCUAGCCGCUAGCAACAGCAAGAGAAGCGAGACCGAAGAUGGAGCACCGUCGUCAGCAACGUCAUGUGGACUGUGUGGGCUGUCAUUUCGCAGUGUGCAAGAGCAGAGGAGUCAUGUGCGCAGUGAUCUGCAUGGCUACAACAUGAAGCAAAAGAUGCGCGGUCUGAAACCUGUGGGCGAGAACGACUUUGAGCGGCUGGUAGGGGAUCUGGACGAGAGCAUCUCAGGCAGCGACAGUGAAGACUCGGCCAGCAGCGAUGAAGAUGGCAAGAAAGACACAACCCUGAGUGCCUUGCUCAAGAAGCAGGCAAACAUUGCAGAUCCUGACUUUGACGACUUUACAACUACAAAGACAAAGGUGGGCGCAGGCAAACCACCGCUUUUGUGGUUCUCGUCAUCCAAGCUACCUUCGAAUGUCGCUCUCGGUGUCUACAGAACUCUUCUGCCUCCCGCCGUACAAGUCGGAGAUGCGGCUACCAUCCUCCAGACCAUCAAGGACAAGCAACUCUCUCCCAAGCCUCCACCAACACAACCCACCUCGGCUCCUACUGCAGACUCAGGAGGCGUCCCUCUGCCUCGCUCUCUACAACCAGAUACUUCUGCCGCCGGCCCUCAUUACUUCCUCUGCAUGAUUGGUGGUGGCCACUUUGCCGCCAUGGUUGUGUCUCUGACGCCAAAAAUGACAAAGAAGGCUGGUGUUGAGGAUCGUGCUGCCACUGUUCUCGCACACAAGACUUUCCAUCGCUACACAACUCGUCGCAAACAAGGUGGUUCACAAUCUGCCAAUGAUAGCUCCAAGGGUAAUGCGCACUCUGCUGGUGCUGGCAUUCGUCGCUACAAUGAGGCAGCUCUGGUUGCAGAGGUCCGUCAGCUGCUGCAAGACUGGAAGGUCUGGAUUGACAGCAGUGAACUUAUCUUCGUCCGUGCUACUGGCACCACUAAUCGUCGCACUUUGUUUGGCCCUUACGAGAACCAGGUCUUGACUUCCAGAGAUCAGAGAAUUAGGGGCUUCCCCUUCGCCACUCGUCGUGCAACUCAAGCCGAGCUGAUGCGUUCUUUUGUCGAGCUUACCAGGGUAAAAGUGUCUACCAUUGACGAAGCUGCCAUUGCAAGGAAAGCUGAAGAGGAAGAAGCUGCUCGUCAAGCUGCCGAAGCAAAGGCUGCUGCCAAACCUGCUGCGCAAAAACCCGCGAAGCCUAGCAAAGAGGAUGAAGAGGCCAUGCUCCACACUACCCAGCUACAAGCUCUCAUUCGUCGUUCAAAAGCCCCUGGACUGGUGUCAUACAUCACAUCCAACAACCUUUCACCGAAUUUCACCUUCUUCCCCUCGGACAACCCGCAGAACCAUCACGCACCUACGCCUUUGCAUCUAGCUGCAUCACUAAACGCUCCUGCUCUCAUAUCGUCGUUGUUACUGAAAGCAAAGGCCGACCCUACCAUCAAGUCCGCAGAAGGGAAGACAGCUUUCGAAGUGGCAGGCGAUCGCGCAACUAGAGACUCUUUCCGUCUGGCUCGCUCAGAAUUGGGAGAGAGUGCAUAUGACUGGAACUUGGCAGGUGUACCAGCCGCGCUUUCAAGAGCCGACUACAAUGCUCGUGUACAGCGUGAAAAGGAUGAAAAGGCAGCUGAAGAUGCAGCAGAACAACAGCGACGGAAGACUGAAACCGAGCGACUGCGGAACGAAGACAAGAUCAGAGAAGAGCAGGGCAAAGAGAAGAAAUAUGGCAAGGGCAAGACUUUGGCACAGAUGCUACCAGAGAAGACAGCGCAAGAAAAGAGAGAAGAAGAGGCUAGAGGCAUGACUCCUGAAAUGCGUAUGAAGCUCGAACGAGAACGAAGAGCUAGGGCUGCAGAGGCACGCUUCAAGGCUAUGAGUGGAGGUAGGUAG